UUUACUCCCAGCUCUGACAGCAGCCUGCUGGGCAGCCUCUGGCACAUCACUCUGUCAUCUUCCCCUCUGUAAGCUGGCUACCCCACACCCCUUGCUUUUCUGGAGUCGCUGAGCUGCCAGAGGAUUCAGAGAGGGCUGGCUAAGAGCUCUCUGCAGCCAACAGGCCAGUGCCUGUGGCCACCAUGGUGCAUUGCCCACCUCCCUGGCCCAGCUGUGUCCCCCUCUUCCUCAUGAGAUCCCUCAGGUGGCUGCCAAGUUUGAAAAAGGGGGGCAAAAAAGCUUAAAUAGACUUUUGCAUUUGCACCCCAAAAUACACCUGGGGGCCAGGCCUGGUUCUCCUCCAAGGACUGCGGUCAGGACACUGAUGCCAGCCAUGCCAGGAUGUUGCUCUAAAUCUGGAUUCUUUCACCCAGUGGGGAAGCUGAUCCACACACCAGGCUGAGAUACUCUAUUUUAUUUCAUGUCUACACAGAGAUGGGUGAGAAGUGGUAAAUCCACAAAGCGAGGAAGCGUAUUUAUACAUACAUACACAAUGCAUACAUAUGCAAGCAUAUUUAUACAAUCCUAUUCAGGCAAUAUUUGCAUAAUGAAUCUACAUCACUACCUGGCUCAGCUACUACUGCCUUCUCUUUCCCCACCUCGGUUUAAAGGCACAGGGUAUUCCAAAUUCAUGUGUUCAGUGGGUAAGGGUCUUCCCUCGGAGGUGCGGUUUUCCCAUUUCAAUGCACCAAGUUCUCUCUUAGCACACAAUUUCACAAGUCAGUUAAAGAUUUCUAUCCCGCAUGCCUCGAAGCUGGUUUAGGCCACCACAUAGCCUGGCUCUUUAUCUCACAUCCCGCAUCCCGCACCUCUUAGGUCAGGUUGUUCCCCUUUUCACAGAAACUGUCCUUCCCGCAACUCGCGCCCCGUGCCCGGGGCCCACGCAGGAGCCGGGCAGAGGGGCCGGGCGGCGGGGACAGCCGUGUUCCCGGGGCCCGGGGGAGCGGCCGCCCCACCCGUCGGGGCGGGCUCGGGCAGGCCAGGUGAGGCGGUCCGGCCCUGCCUCUCCAGCUCCCGCCGCAGCCUCCUGCCCUCGCUCCCGGCCGGCGCUGCUCUGGGGCUGCCGGCGGCAUGGCGGAGUCCCAGGUGCUGCUGCUGGACGAGCUGCACGUCAACGAGAAGGUGACGGAGGCCCAGGCCCGCUUCUACUACAGCGAGGAGCAGCGCCGAGCCCUGGAGGCGCUGGUGACCCGCGGCGAGGCCGCGUACCGGGAGGCGCUGAGGAAAGAGCAGCUCCGCGAUUUCCUCUCCGGCCGGGAGCUGCAGGACCUGAGGGGCGGCUGGCGGGGCUACGACGACCCCCGGGAGGGCGGCAAGGUGGCGCGGGGGCCCGGCGGCGAGACCCUCUCGCUGGCCUACUGGCCCGAGUGCUCGGACACCGAGGUGCCCCCGCUGGACUUGGGCUGGACCGACAAGACGUUCUACCGGGGCAUCAGCCGGGUGUCCCUCUUCACGCACCCGCGCAAGGAGGAGAGCGCGCCGCACCUGAAGGAGGUGGUGCGGGACAUGAUCCAGCAGGCGCAGAAGAUUAUUGCAGUGGUCAUGGAUGUGUUUACGGACCGGGACAUCUUCCGCGAUAUCGUCGAUGCAGCGUACAAGCGCUGGAUCCCCGUCUAUAUCAUCCUGGAUGAGGAGGGAGUCAGGCUCUUCCUGGAAAUGUGCAGAUGCCUUGACCUCAGUGACUUGCAGAUCCGGAAUGUCCGCAUACGCUCUGUGACAGGAGUUGGGUUCUACAUGCCAUCAGGGAAGAUCAAAGGCACACUGGCAUCCCGAUUCCUGAUGGUGGAUGGAGAAAAGGUGGCCACUGGAUCAUACAGCUUCACAUGGACUUCAUCUCACAUUGACAGAAACAUCCUGCUAGUCUUGACAGGACAGCACGUGGAGAUGUUUGACAUUGAGUUUCGUGAGCUCUACGCCAUCUCAGAGGAAGUUAAUUUAUACAAGGAACUGGGCAUUGCUAACCCAUUUCUCCAUGGAAUUGGGAAGCCAGGCUUUCAUUCCUCCACCGUGGCUCGGAAGUUCAUUAACCCAAAGUAUGGUUUAGUAGCAGGGGCAACCCGUGGUGAUAUGAUGCUCUGGGCUUCACGGCACAGGCAAGACCAUCAGGGAAACAUGGAAAAGGAGGAAACAAGUGAGUCAAAGAAACGGUUAAAUCAGUUCCUGAAUGACUUAGUCACAUUGGAGCAAGUGUUCCCAGAAAUAGAUCCACCUCUGGAGAACUUGAACAAGCUGAAUCGGAGCCCCCAGAAACUGUUGUCCCGGCUCCACAUGGACCUGAAAAAUAAAUCCAAAUCCAGAGAGUCCAUCCGUGACAUAAAGAAGGAAGAUGCACAGAGCAAUGCAAAGCAAGGGAAGCGGUUUGCCAGUGGGCUUUUCAGUCGCAAGGCCAAGCGCUCUCCAGGCUCAAGCAUCGAGGCCAAUUCUUUUGCCAGUGAAGGACAUUCAGGAGAAGACCUUGGGAACAUGAAACUGGAAUAUGAGAGGCUCAGCAUUGGCCAUGCUAGUGUUCGGAGCACUGGAGGCAACUCAGGUAACCUGAAUCCAAACUCCACUAUGAGCGAUAAAAACAAACAAUCUACCUGCGUGUUAUCUUGAUUGGGAAGGAUUGUCUGGAGAACUAAAGACUGAAUCACAAGCUGCAACAGUAACUUCUUGAUUGAUUUUGAACCUACAGCCAUAUCCUCAUGCAGUGGUCUGUAAAGCCACUGCAGGUCCUGGAUGCAUCUGGCAGCCCUGGCUAAAGCACAUUUACUGGGUGAUGAGCAGACUUUGGAUAGUUGAUCCCUUAAAUGAGGGUUAGUGAUGAAUGUAUUAGUCCAUAUAUCUAUGUGCACACAUAUUUUGUACAUAAAAACAACUGUGAUGACUGGUCUCAGAGCUUGCUCUGUGCCCAGAGAAAUGCAGGAGAUUUUCUGACUUACUUGUGCUGCUACUUCAGUCUGUCUGGCUGCAGACUUGGAAUCACUGUGUUGCAUUGUUUACUCUACUGCACUGCAAAAAUGUAUUGAUCUGACUGGCUGUAAGGCUGAAUCCAAUAGCAGUGGCAAAUUCUAGGUGAAAUAAGGAUGUUUACAGACAGUGGAGCAAUCCUUUGUCCAUAAGGAGUCUUCCUGUAGAUUCCUGUUGUCACUGGCCCAGGCAGGAGAAGGGUUUAGCCAACAGUAGCCUACAGAGCAGUAUCGGAACUGUUUCACCUCAUAGAUGUAGCAGUCGAACAAAGUGAUUUAGCAAGAAUGUGGCAAAGAGGAAAAAUGGAAUAUAGGGCAAUGUUUAACAUACACUUGAGACUGGGUCAGGAGAAAUGCCUGAUAAGGGGCCUGGGCAGGAUCUGGGAGCAGUAACACAGACUUCAGGGGCUGUGGUCAAAUCCUCCUUCUUGCUAAUGCAGCAAUGCUUUUACCGUUCAUGGAAACUGAAUGAUUAAGGAGCACAUCUUUGAGGGUUGAAAGAGGAAGCAGAGGAGGCAUGCAAUCUUUUCAAGCUUUUCAAAUGCCCUUUUUUUUUUUUUAAGUUAACCUUUCCAGAAUAAAUCAUGCUAAAACUGAGAGCUUUGAUCCAUAAGAAGCAUUGUGUGCAAUCAGACCAAAGGCCAUCUGAUCUGCUGUUCUGCCUCUGAGAAUAGCCUGUAACAGGUGAUCACAGAAGCAUAAAUAAAAUACAAGGCUUGUAUAUACA